ACAAUGUUGGACUGUCAGUGUUUCAGCGGGCUCUCGCUUUAAGGGUGUGCGCGCUCCCGAGAUAGCAGGAAAUAUGGCGGCGCUCAUGACUCUCGCCCAGUUAUCGGGUGGUAAUCCAGCAUAUGAAGGUUACUACAGACAGGUUGAUCCAGGAAAUACAGGGAAAGUUGGAGCUGCAGAUGCUGCUCAGUUCCUGAAGAAAUCAGGGCUCUCGGACAGUACAUUAGGAAAAAUUUGGGAUUUGGCCGAUCCGGAACAGAAGGGCUUCUUGGACAAGAGAGGUUUCUUUGUUGCGUUAAGGUUGGUGGCCUCUGCUCAGGGUGGCAACGACAUCAGUCUAAACAACCUCAACCAGACUCUAGCAGCACCCAAGUUUGGAGACACAAAUACUCCCUCAGUUAGCUCAUCCCUGAGUACUUCACUUAGUUCCUCAUUCAACACAUCGCUGAAUGUAUCCUCAUCAGAUUCCCACUGGGCCAUCAGGUCUGAAGAGAAAGGGAAGUUUGAUGGGAUCUUCGAAAGUUUGUCACCAGUGAACGGUCUUCUUUCUGGAGACAAGGUCAAGCCCGUCCUCAUCAACUCCAAACUGCCCAUGGAUGUGUUGGGAAAGAUUUGGGACCUCAGUGAUGUGGACAAAGAUGGGCACUUGGACAGAGAAGAGUUUUCAGUGGCCAUGCAUCUGGUUUACAGGGCCAUGGAGAAUGAGCCUGUCCCACCCACCCUGCCCUCCUCCCUUGUCCCUCCAUCCAAGAGGAAGAAGUCGGCGGUAUCUUUGCCUGGCGCCGUCUCUGUGCUCCCUCCCAUCUCUGCUCUGGCUGGCCUGUCUGGCCUGUCUCGGACAACCAGCUCCCCUCCUCUGCCUGGCGCCGUGGCCGUUCUGCCGGCACCGUCUGGUCUGGCUGGGCCCGGGGUGACCGCUUCUCCUCCUUUCAAGGAGAGCCGGAGCCCCACCCCGUCGCAUAGCAGCAUCACCUCCAACAGCACGGGCAGUCUCUCGCCCAAACACUCGUUCAAAGCCCCCUCUCAGCCCCCGGCAACUGGGAGCUGGGUGGUGCCGGUGUCAGACAGAGGACGUUACGAUGACAUCUUCCAGAAGACCGACACAGACAUGGACGGGCUGGUCACCGGAGGAGAAGUCAUUGAGAUCUUCAUGCAGUCCAGCCUUCCACAGACCAUGCUGGCACAGAUAUGGGGCCUGGCUGAUACUAAACAGUCAGGGAAGCUGUCUAGAGAGCAGUUCUCCCUGGCCAUGUGGCUCAUCCAGCAGAAGGUCACCAAGGGAGUGGACCCACCCCAGACCCUAACUCCUGAAAUGAUACCCCCAUCUGAGAGGAUCACCCCUGUUCCUAGCUAUGCUGGGUUUUUGGCUGGAGUGGGACCUGAGUUUACUUCAUUUGUUCACAUACGCAGAGACAGCGGCAGUUCUUCAGGGUCCGCUGACCUGACAGGCAUCAAGGAGCUGGAUGACAUCAGUCAGGAAAUCGCCCAGCUGCAGAGGGAGAAGUUUUCUCUGGAGCAGGACAUCAGGGACAAGGAGGAUGCUAUCCGACAGAAGAACAGUGAGGUUCAGGAGAUGCAGGGCGACCUGGACCGUGAAAGCAGCGGCCUGCAGGACCUGGAGGCACAGAAGCAGGAUGCCCAGGAGCGGCUGGAGGAGAUGGACCAGCAGAGGAACAAGCUGGAGGGCAUGCUCAACGACGUCAGGCAGAAGUGUCAGGAUGAGUCCUCACUGAUCUCAUCUUUACAGACCCAGAUCCACAGCCAGGAAUCUGACCUUCAGAGCCAGGAAGAUGAGCUGAGCCGGACCAAGUCUGACUUGAACAGACUACAGCAGGAUGAGGCCCAGAUGGAGCAGAGCCUGUUGGCUGGACGCAUGCAGCUGGACAGCAUCAUCAAGUCUCUCAAGGCAACGCAAGAAGAGAUCAACCAGGCUCGCAGUAAGCUGUCUCAUAUCCAGGAGUGCCAGCAGGAAGUGACUAGGAAUAUUGAGCAGUACAAUAACGCUCUCAAUGGGACCCACACCCAGACACACGCUGGUAGUAUGACCAACCUGGCUGACAUGAGCGAAGGAGGAUUCUCAGAGAGGGAGAAUGGAGGCUUUGGAACCAGGGAGGACUCUUUCAAAUCGAAGGUAGCCUUGUUUAGUAACAAGAAAUCCGCACCAGAGCCCCUCUCGACAGCAGACCCUUUUCAGACAGAGGAUCCCUUCAAAUCCGACCCCUUCAAAGAUCCAUUUGGAGUAGAUGAUCCCUUCAAAGAAAGUGAUCCAUUCAAGGGUGCUUCGUCAGAAGACUUCUUCAAGUCCGGUUUGUUGGCGUCAGCAGACCCGUUCAGUAAGAAACCUACUCUUCCAAUCAAGCCUGGUGGCAGUCCGUUUGGUAGCAGUGCUCUCUUCACAUCUUCCCACAGCCCCCGGCCCAGCUCCAGUCCAAAGCCCACAGAUGGAUUUGGAGCCGUAGACCCUUUUGGUGGCAAUGCUUUUGGAGGAAAAGCUGGAUUUGCCGACUUCAGUCAAAUGUCUAAGAAGAAGUCAGACAGCAGUAUUUCACCGAAGAACAAUGUGCCUAACAGACCUGCACCUCCCUAUGGUAAGGGUUCUCCUUUAGACCGUCUUGGGUUGGCUGGUGGUGCUUUGGAAAAACCCAGGGAUCCUUUCCAAAGUCACAACACCUUUGAAGAUGUACUUAGCAGCAGCAAAGAUCCUUUUGCUCCUCGCGUCUCCGGCAAAGCUACUUCCAGAGCCUCAGUGUUUGGUUCUGACUUGAAAAUGUCAAGUUUGGAAGUGAGUCGGAGCAACUGGCUUGGGCUAAGAGGGAGAGUGAGCGGGAGGAGCAGGAGAGAUUGCGGAGGCUGCGUCUACAGGAAAAGGAGGACCUAGAGCUGGCCAUUGCCCUUAGCAAGGCUGAACACUAAAGACCCUGUGACAGUUAAAACCACAACAUGGAACGGGAGGACCUGGAGCUAGCCAGAGCCCUCCGAAAGAUCAACACAUGGCCUACAAUCUUACUAGAAAACCAUACACACCCAGAACACAUACGACGCAUGCAUAAAUGCCAAAGAUGGCCUGGAACAUAUCUGGAAGUCCCAGGCUGACGUUUAGGCAAACCUGCCCAUUCUUCUGCAUCAGCCAAUGAAAUUAAACUAUCAAUUGUUAUAAAGGGUCAGCAGGCAGGUGGCAGUUGCCUGGUUGUAUAGCAUCUGACCAGUAUCCAAAGGUUUGCUACGUCGAAUCCAGAGCUGGCAAGGGGAAGACUGUCAUUUGGUGUGUAAGCAUAGCACCUUCGACAUGAUUAUAAUGUUUCAAUCAUAUUAGUUGCUUUUGCAUACCCGUUUCCAGGUUAGGGUUAGGGUUAAUGUCAUGCUUCUUCUUUCCGGAGGCACAUACUUAAAUAUUAGAUAUUUAGAUUUGAUUGGCUGAUGCUGGGUAAUUGGGCGGGUUGCCCGGACCUGGGUGAACUUGCCCGAACAUCAGCCUGUGAGGCGCAUUCCAGGACACCUUUGUCAGGCGGGCACAACACACACACCACCUAACCACAGGCCCAGUACGGACUGACUCCAACACUGCAACACAACAGAUCAAACCCAGCUACCGACUGCCUGGAGCUCUUUGAACAAUCAGGUCAUGUGCCGCAAUCUGACCACACCCUCAGAACAGCUCAUCUACUGACAAACCACAACUCUUGUACAGACCAAAUGUAACCUUGGCAACACCCCGACAACCACUUCAACCUGACCCGGACGACUUUUGACUGUCAGUGAGGAACCUUACCAAUCCUGUUCCUGUAGAUAAAUGCAGCUGUGAGACUUACGGAUGGGAUGGCCGGCCCUCGACCAAUCCAGAGCCAUCUUCACCCAAGCUAGGCUAAAUGAAGACUAACCUACCAAACGCUGUCUUUAACCCCUUUGUCAUAACCAGGCUAAAUGGAUACUUUAGUCUAGUUUUGCCACUAUUAUCAAAUACAAUGGAUCUCCAGUUCAGCCUGAAUGAAGUCUGACUUAAACUGUACUGCAGUCUAAACCCAGAGUGACGUAAGUCCAACUCGUCUUGGGCCUGUGGUCAUUUAGACUUGUAGACCCCAUAGUUCUUAAAUCAAUCUCUGGAUCCUUGACUUUCCGCAGGUUUAUUCUUUGUUAUAGGAAUAAUAUCUACAGUUAACAUUUUUAUUUCAUUUUUAUUUAUAUAGCGGGUAAAAUCAUGUGUCUGUGGUUUAUGAAGUAUCUGUUAAUGCACUGUUAUAUGACUAUUAGAAACUGCCUCAUGGCCUUUAUUAACUGCUUUAUAAUAUUGAUAUUGAGAGUGUUUUUUUGUCAGCUAUUAUGCUUAGGUUCCUGAGUUUUGGUGCAAAUAUGGAAGAGGAAAUGUUAAUUUGUGAUAUUGGCGUUUUCUACUUCAUUGCCUUACUUUUUUGACUGGAAGAGAAGAAUGACACGGUCAAAACACAACUCAUCUGCCUUGAAGGAUGGGAGUGGUGGCCCUUUCCCCCAUACAUAAACAAUAUUUGGAUUGAUUUGGGUUUAGGUUUCAAUUUCCUGCCGAUAAUCUCUGUUAUCCCUUUAGUAGGCUGAUCUAAUUUUGUCUUUGAUUUAUCUGUUUCAAAGGAUGUAUGUCACUUGUAGGGCAUUAGAUGGAAGUGUUUUUACCCUUCACCUUCUAUCAGAUGAUUACACUCCUAUGGCAGCUCUGCUGGUUUAUUAGUCAUAUCUUUGGCCAAUUAUUUUUUUAAAUUGAAGGAAGGAGGUGCAACAUGUUUAAUAUUGUCGGCAAAUAUCAAGACAAAGUGUAAUCAAAUCACCAGAACAACUGCUGACCAGCUUCCUUUUCUCUUUUAUUGGUUUUUAAGGUAGCAUAAAUGGAAAUUGAAGAAUCAUCCAAGUCUUCCAAACUGAACGUCCCACAUGUAAUUCCUAUUACUCUGUCACAUCUUAAUUUAGUAGUUCUUUCAGUAGUACGUUGCAGACCUACAGCACGUACAAGAUGUCGCACCAACAUUCACGUUUAUCUGUUAUCUAGCUUUACCAUGCCAUCGCCUUGAGGCUUCCAGCCGGGCUGAAUGGAUUGGGACAAAAACAGAAGGGAGCAGGUAUGAACUACUGUACCUGAACGUCUCCAAUAAAAAAAUAGCCAUUUUCUUUUUCCGUUGUGUAAAGUCUAGCUUCAGUAUACGGUAACAAAUGGGAUUCUGUUCACACGUAGAUGCGUACCGUCUUGAAACACUACUAAGCAGAACACUCCUUUAUAACUGACUAUGGCCACUAGCUGGUUCGACAGUGUGGGGUCCUAAUGCCUUAUGAUGCGUCCAUCUAAUUGUGUUGUUGUCCGUUUGGGCAAAGUGGGUUCAUUCAAGGAACUCGUUUUGGUUUUGUCUCAAAUGGCACCCUAUUUCUCUUAGGGUUCUGGUCACACGUAGUGCAUUAUGUAGAGAGUAUUGUGCCAUUUAGGACAAAGGCACAGUGUGUAUAUAUUCAACUAUGUCCCAUAGCUCCUUUCUCCUGUGUUGGCGUGAAGAUUUUGUUCACGCUGGAAUGCAGGAGUAAUGUACAUGGAGGUCUUAUUUAUCCACAAACUGAAUGGCUUAUUUCAUCUGUAACAACAGUAUAUAUAAUAAUGUAUAUGAUUUUAAAUAUUCCUUCAAGUUUUGGGUCUUUUCUCAAAAUGAUUGUAAUCCUCUGUAUAUCUUUUAAUAUAAAUAAAAGAAUGUAACAUUCCA